AUGACGACGUCAAAAGAUGAUGAUUCUUCUCGAAGGUACGGAAGGAUUGGAGAUGUCGCGAGAAAGAGGUUGUUAGAUAAUAAUAACAAGAACAAUAAGAACAACACGAACGAGAGCAUCGCCUCUUCGAAUAAUACUCAUCGAACGAUGGUGACAUCAUCAUCAUCAGCAUCAUCGACUGAACCGAUUUUUAAAAAACGAGCGGCGGUGUUAGUGCUUUUGUUUGAGAAUACGCGAGAAGAGAUACACGUGGUAUUGACGAAACGAAGCGCGGAUAUGAACUCGCACGCCGGUCAGGUCGCGUUCCCGGGAGGCAAGUUAGACGACGAAGAUUUAGGCGACGAUAUCGAAUGCGCGUUGAGAGAAGCGAAAGAGGAGAUUGGGUUGAACAGAAACCACGUGAAAGUGUUGACGGUGUUACCGCCAAUCCUAAGCGCGGGGUUGAUAAGCGUUCGACCAGUCGUGUGCGCGGUGACGGAUGUGAGGAACUUUUCGAAGAUGGAUUGGUUGAGGAAUCAACCUUCGGAGGUGGAGAGGACGUUUUCUGUGCGGUUGGAUCAGUUUUUGCGGGAGGACGAGAGACACACGUUUAACGAUCACGCGUGGAAAAACGCGCCGUGCGCGAUACGAGUGCACUCGUUUCGAGUGGACGAGGAGGAGAUGAUUUUUGUAGGAAAAGAAGGAAAAGAGAGUAGUAAAGAGAGUAGUAGAAGUAGUAAUAAUAAUAAUAAUAAUAGCGAGAAGAAGAAGAAGAAGACGAGCGUGUGUUGGGGGUUAACCGCGGCGGUACUCAUCGAAACCGCCAAAAUUGUGUACAAUAAAGAACCCGAGUUCGAACGCGAUUGCGUGUUGGAAGGCGGCGCGUCGAUUUGGGACUUAGUCGCCAAUAAAGACGGAACAGGCGUAGAAUUAAGGCCAGGCGUGAGUAAAAUAUAA